AGCCAGACGGGGGUAACCACCGGUCCACCAUCAGCAGCAGAGAACGCCGGCACAGAAGGGGGAGUGAGACGGAUCUUCGGCAUCUCGGGAGAGCAACAUACGCAGUGAGAAGAUGACUCUGGCAGCCUAUAAAGAGAAGGUCAAAGAGCUCCCCCUGGUGUCUCUGUUCUGCUCCUGCCUGAACCCACAAACUGCAGAAAAACCUACUUACAAGGCAGAAGAUGCGGUGGACCUGGGCUGGUGCGUCAUCAAAGACGUGGAAGUGAUCGAGCUGAACAAGCGAGCAUCGGGCCAGGCCUUCGAGGUCAUCCUGAAGCCGCCAUCCUUUGACGGCGUGCCAGAACUCAACACCUCCAUGCCGCAGCGCCGCGACCCGUCCCUGGAGGAGAUCCAGAAGAAGCUGGAGGCUGCCGAAGAGAGGCGAAAGUGUCAGGAGGCCGAGCUGCUGAAGCACCUGGCGGAGAAGAGGGAGCAUGAGCGCGAGGUGAUCCAGAAGGCCUUUGAGGAGAACAACAACUUCAUCAAGAACGCCAAGGAGAAGCUGGAGCAGAAGAUGGAGGCCAACAAGGAGAACAGGGAGGCUCUGCUGGCGGCCAUGCUGGAGAGGCUGCAGGAGAAGGACAAACACGCCGAAGAAGUGAGGAAGAACAAGGAGAUGAAGGAGGAGGCCUGCCGGUAGACGAGCGAGGGGAGCCGAAACAGGAAAAAACAGCGAGACUGGGGAGUUUUUGAGUCUGUGAAAAAAAAAAAAGAAAAGAAAAAAAGAAUUCAAAACAGUGCAGAAAAGAAAAAGAAGGAACUCAGCAACAGCAACUCGAACAAAGGGAAAAGGCGAGUUUUCGUAUUUGAUGUCUGCUGUAAUGAUUGUGAACAAGCUGUACAAAGUUUAGCCAACUCUUGAUGUUGAAAUUUCUCUUUUUUCUAAAAGGAAGGCGGGCGGGUGGGGAGGUUUCGGGGGCGACAUCAAAACAAACAUUAACAAUUUUUAAGAGCAUUGAUUGAUCGAUGGAGGAGGUUCUCUUAUUUCUGCAGUUUCAGUCGGACAGGAGGAAAUUACAGCUGCCCAUGUUGUACUGAAGCAUCAUUAAGUGAACUGUGUUGUUGACACAGCAACACAAAGACGCAGUUUCACUCCAAUUAGACUGUAACUAAGGAGUAGAGAGCUGUAAUCCAAAUAGUAAAAGUGACCAAUGAUAUGUUGUGCUUAAAUAAAACCAGACGCAGAGAGCCCUACUCAGUCAUAACCUAUACAAUUCAAACCCAAAAGGCCUCUUCAGUUUUUGAUUUGCAGGAUUCUCGUGUAUCAUAAACAAAAAAAAAGAUACCACACAAGCUUCUGCUGUUUCCGAUUUAAAAAUAAAAAGUGGUUUAGCUCUCGUGCUAAUUCUUCGCCGCACCAUUUCUGGGAUAUUUCAGUCUGUCCGGGGACUAAAUGCUUUAUGAAUAUGAAAUAAAGAAUCGGUCUUUUGUUUCUUUCUGCAGAGCUCUGGGGGAGUUAAAGAAAAAAAAAUAUUAAAAAUAAGCCUGAAACGGGAGGAAGCUCUGCUGUUCUCCGCCGCCGUCGGGCUCUCUGUGAAACUUUUAGCUGUAGUGUAGUCGUAGAUCAGUGACAUGCAUUUGAGUCUCUUAGAUUUAGAGCACUGAUUGCACUCUUAUUUCAUUAAGCACAACUCAAAAGCACACAUGCAUACAAGAAAGGACGGUGAACAUAUACAGUAAAACCAACAAUAACAUCACAAGGAGGCAAAAGUAGUGACAGACAGCAGUUCACAAUUUGGAUUCAUUUGUUUUUGUUUUUUGGAGAGGACGACUCCGGUGGGUCUCCGUUUGCUUUGGCAUGCGUCGCUGUGCUCUGAUUGUUCAAUGGAAUUUAAACCUAAACUGAGAGAUGAUAUUUGGUUGUUGAGUCAUACUGACUUGGCUGAAACGUCUAAAAAUGUUUGCACUGUAACGGGGGAGUCGUAACUUGGGGUUUGUACUUGCUGUAACUGUGUGUUGCUGUAUAUCUUCGAGGCUGGAUUGAUUGUAUCUACUUGGCAUGGUCAGUAAAAAAAACAAAAAAAA